AUGAAUCAGACUAUGGAAGAAUUGAUACCUAAAAUCAGAACAUCCGGCUUCUUGCUGUUAUCGUACUUUAGAUCGUACACAGAAACCUGUGCGACUGGUGCACGUGUAGCUCGAUUACAUCUAGGUCAUCUCUCGACCAAGUCCCAUGCCCAGAAUCGCCUGGACCUAGACAAGUACCACGACACUAUGAAAGACAACCAAGUCAGCCGUUUAGUCGUUCCUGCAUCUUUGACUGCCCUUCUCCUUUACCAAUGCUGGCGUUUGGCACGGGGACCUAAAGUUCGUCACCCGCCUUCCCCUAAAUCACUUCCCCUUGUAGGAAACAUGUUCUCAAUCCCUUUUGGCCAAGAAUAUGUUGCAUUCGCGAAGCUUGGGGAACAGUUGGAAUCGGAUAUAGUCUACCUCGAGGUACUGGGCCAGAAAAUCCUUGUGCUCAAUUCUGCAGAAGCUGCCUCGGACCUUCUUGACAAACGUUCGACGAUCUAUUCAGAUCGGCCCUCCAUACCAAUGCUCACGGAUCCAUCAUUGUGUGGAUUGUUCUUUAUCAGACCCUAUCUGAUUGUCCCAUCCAGAAUGAACUGGUCCAGGGCUGUCAGUCUUGCUAAAUACAGCGAGCUCUGGCGGAGUUAUCGACGGAUAUUGAACAACUGGCUUAACAAGCGUACUACUACUCAAUUUAAUGUCAUACAGGAACGACAGGCACAUUCACUUCUACGACGCCUACUGAAUACCACAAAUAACCUUCAGCCGUUCCACAGUGUUAAGAAUGAAAUAUAUUUCGCUAUGGGGUCGCUAAUGCUUCAAACCGCUUACGGAUACGAGCCCCCAAGUCCUGAGGACCAAUUUCUCAAGGACGCGCACCUCACAUUCGAUAAUGCUACUCUGGCAAGCAUGCAAACGAAUUUCCUUGUAAACUUAUUGCCGACAAUGUUGUACAUCCCAGCCUGGUUUCCUGGGACAGGCUGGAAGCAAACCGCAAAAGAAUGGGGGGCACAACAAGAAAAAUCAAAGAGUAACCUCUAUGAGUGGUUAAAGGCUCGGGUUACUACUGGAACGGAGCAACUUUCAUUGCUCGGUCCUUUACUUCAAGGUCAUGAGUUGGUUUCGGGGUUGAGUCCUUCAGAGAGAGAUGAGCGAUUAAAGGAAAUUGGAAUUAUGCUAUUUGGAGGCGGAACAGAUACUAUGUCAAUUUUUAUUACGAACUUUAUAGCUGCUAUGGUCUUGUACCCCCAUGUACAAGCACGAGCUCAACAAGAACUUGACACUGUUCUUGGGCCAGCUGUGCUACCAAAGAUACCAGACCAAGAAAGGUUACCUUACAUUAGGAACCUAAUUGACGAAGUCCUACGAAUAUAUCCUGUUGCCCCACUUGGAAUGCCCCAUGUGUGCACUGAAGAUGACACUUAUCGUGAAUAUCACAUCGAAAAAGAAACAGUUGUUUUGGGGAACAUCUGGGCCAUCGGAAACGACCCUCGUCGUUACAAGAACCCCGAAGAAUUUAACCCUGACAGGUACCUCGAUCCUAGUGUUCAGCGACCACCCAUAUUUGGAUGGGGGAGACGCAAAUGUCCAGGGAACUAUUUUGCUGAAGCAUCAGUGUUUAUCACCACUGCUUCGCUUCUCUCUGUCUUUGUUUUUUCCAAGAAAACGGACAAAAAUGGAGAGGAAGUGGUGCCACAAAUUCAAACAAAGGAAAACUCGAUCGUAAUGGAACUGGAGCCCUUUGAAUUCGAUUUCAGGCUCAGGUCAGAGGAGCAUCGUGAGCUUAUUCUUGGGACAAAUGUGGAUAAGGAGUAA